GCACUGGUGCAAUCACGGGGCCCCAGCAAGCCCACGAGCAUCUUCGCAAGCAUGGAGUUCGAGUGCUCUACGAGGCCUAGGAUUCUACGACACCUAGCCUGUCACCGUACGUACGCCAGCCCGGAAAUGGCAGAGCCGGAGUGGCGGGUUGGCAGGACGCUGUACCAGAGCAGAGCAGAGCACUGCUUGCGCAUCCUCCGAGUCGAAACGAGUCCCGAGCGCUCGUUCUCUGCGCUCUCGCUCGCUCGCUCGAAGUGCAAGCCGAGCCUGGCGAGUCUGCCUCUCCCUGCCUGCCUGCCUGCCUGCCUGUCAGUCUGCCAGCGAGCCACCGAGCAAUUAGAGCAGGGAGCGAGGAAGCGAGGGAAGGGGUGCCAAAUGACUCCAUACAUUCACCGCCCGUGCAUGUCCGGGUGACGUUCAGGUUGCCUCAAGCUUUGCUCGGGUGAGGGAGAGGGAGGGAGGAAGGAAGGAAGGAAGGAAGGAAGGAGAUCGCUAUGCCUGUGCCUGAGAUUCUGGAAGGGUGAAUGAAUAGUUUGGCGAUGACUCGUACAGUUGUUUGACCCGAGUGUAUCGCUGUGUGUCCCCCGUUCUAUGGAAGGUGUCCUGACCCGAAGGUUUUGGUUAAACCACCUGGAGCUCGCAUAUUUCAGCCGGCGCAACAGAGCAGACAGGAAGCAGCUUGAGUUCGCGCCCUCCUCCUCCUCCUCGGAUACUUCCAGUGCACAGAUCUCGUGGUCGGAUCCGCAUCUCGCACAAGUCCCGUCUGGACUAUGCAGAAUUUUAAUCGACAAGCUGCAUGCUCGUGCUCGUGCCCUGGCUCUGGCUCUGUGAAUCUACAGCAGGCUUCUGAACGCGGACUCUCGUCUGCGUCCUUCUAUCGUUCGAGUUUCGUUUCAUCUCAUGGGCCCAAUGUGGACGAACGAUACUACCGCGUGCUUCCGGUCGAUCUCGUGAAAUUCCGCACGAACUGCACUCAAAGCAUUCCCCCGGAGAAUGUGAAGGAUUUUGUGAUCGACAACCUUUUCGAUGGAGCUUCUCCGUUUGAUGACUUUCCGUCCCCUGAAAUCGCUCCGCUCUUGAGGAAGAAGCGAAUCAAGGGAUGGGGUGCAGAGGCCCCUGUUUUCGAGCGGCUCAUAAUCGAGGUGCGGCCCAAGGUUAUCGUAGAGCUCGGCUCUUUCCUCGGUGCCUCGGCAAUCAACAUGGGCACCAUCGCGAGGAAUAUGGGCCUGGACACGAUAAUUCUCUGCGUGGAUGACUUCCGGGGCUGGCCCGGGUUCCGGGCGAAGAAGUUCAAAGACAUCAAACAGCAGCACGGCAGCAUCAUGCUCCUCCCUCAAUUCAUGAAAAAUGUCCAAUUCAUGAACCUCACCGACAUCAUUCUCCCGGUUCCUUUCUCCACCACGGGAGCUCUCUCGUACUUCUGCGAGUGGGGCAUUCGGCCCGACUUGAUCGAGGUGGACGCGGCACACGAUUUCCAUUCAGCGUGGCUCGACAUCAAUUCCGCCUACGCUAUGCUCAGUCCCGGAGGCGUCAUGUUCGGUCACGAUUACUACAAUCGCGCCAACGAGGAGGGUGUACGCAGAGCUGUCGAUCUUUUUGCGCAGCUGAAAGGCCUGAGGGUAGAGCCUGACGGCAAGCAUUGGAUUUUGAGAACUCUGUGAUGCAUGAUUUUGCCUCUAGAUACAACCAUCUACUAAUCGCCUAGUUGCAGAAUAGAAUACUGAAUGUAGGACUGUAGUACUAGUGAUCGGCUAUCUCUCACCCGAAUUGUCGAGAGUUUCAUUUCCAAUCCACAAGUUCCUCCGUUCACAUUGUCGGAGGCUGUUGUUAUUUUUUCAUAUAUUUUGCGGUAUCGAAGAAUCAAGUACUCUUUCAUGCAAUGCACUCGCUACAUAUUUCAGACCUCCAUAGCGUCAGUGCACGGUCCGAGACUGACGUAUGAAUGAUCAUAUGGAAGAGCACACUUUAUUUGACCCGACCAGAAUGAAAUCGAACUCCACAAGGAGCAGCAGAACAGAGCCAGAUUCAUGAUUCAGCGACGGAAGUGCGGAGGAACGCAUUGUACCGACGACAACCGCAGAAAGGAGACACGAGAGCAUGAAGCCAUGGACGCUUUCGGGGUAAAGGAGAGCUCGGUGACGUAGUUCUCUCACUCGUACGCAACCGGGUUCGCCUCUGGGAUUCGCGCAUGCCUCUCGUGACGCAAGGGCUUUCCUCAUCACGGGUCACGAGUCGAAUGGCUGAGGGCGUACAGAGCAGAAUCUGCUUGACGGGAAGGUGCGUCCAAUUCGAUUCUUCUGAGGGGCAGAUCAUGAUCUGUUUCCACAGCACAGCCCGCUGAGAUCCCAGGCUCGGGGUGCGCCGAGCAUGCUGGAUUCGACAUGCACCGAUCCUCCGGCGCGGUCGUGCAUCGACUCGGCUCGCUCAGUCUGCCAAUGGGGAUUCUUCUUCUGAACCUCCCUCCCUCCCUCGUCUCGUCUCGACGGGCAAUAAUCUACUCGUCGGUGGGCCUGCGAAGGCAUGUCGCGCGCAUUAAAGCCUCACACCGACACACCUCGCGGCUUCCUCUGCACGACGUCGUGGUGGUUGGACUCGGCCCGCUUCAAUUGCUCAGGGCCUCGACGAAGGACUCGCUCCGAAGCUACGUAAAAGUCGUCCCGUCCGGAAGUGCUCGUUGCCCUCCGCCGCGAAUCGAGAAGAUCUUGUCGUCCCUUCGAUUUUACCAAUCAUGAGGAACUUCUCUCACGUACCGAUCGAUGUGUAUGCUGUGUAUGGCUUUCCACUCACGCAGAAUGCAGUGCACCGGAUGCAUCACAUGGCCGAGCAAGCUGUCCAUUCGAUUGCAUUUCUUCCCCCACUCGGGUCGUAAAUCAAAGAUAUAUUCUCCUGCGUGCUGAGUGCCGGUGGGUGUGCAAGGAUACAAGGAACGAAAUCAUAAGGAUCGAACGAGUCACGGACGACUGGCUGCGUCUUGGGAGUUAAACUGUAGAGCAAUACUUACUUUCACAUGCUCUUCACAUCUGCGAAUAACCGUAAUUGUCGGCAGAAGAAUAAUGCUCCAGUGUGGU